CACGCCUGGGAGGGACGUCAGCACGUCGACGCGGGGCUUUUCUCUGGUCGGCGCCGCUAACCCUCCUCCGGUCUGUGAAUCGGUGCCCCUUCUUUGGCUAUCUCAGGCUAGUAGGGCAGUCGUUGUCCACCUGAGGGCUGGCGGUAUUGUACGAACUUUGUGCUCGGACUGACGCUCCUCACCUCUCUCUAGUUCUUUCCUCCCGGCUCAACCGCGGCGGCUUCGGGAUUCGGCCCGGGGGCCAGUAGGGGCCCAAACUUGCUCAAGGCUCGGAUGGGAGGCGGAGGGAGGAGCGCCCUGGGAUGUUCAGUCUAAUGGCCAAUUGCUGCAGCUGGCUCAAGCGGCGGCAGGAGCCUGUCAGAAAGGUGACCCUUGUGAUGGUGGGACUUGAUAAUGCUGGUAAAACGGCAACAGCAAAGGGAAUCCAAGGAGAGUAUCCUGAAGAUGUAGCUCCUACUGUUGGAUUUUCCAAAAUUGACCUUAGACAAGGAAAAUUUGAAGUCACCAUCUUUGACUUGGGAGGCGGAAAAAGAAUUAGGGGAAUCUGGAAGAAUUACUAUGCUGAGUCCUAUGGGGUAAUAUUUGUUGUGGAUUCCAGUGAUGAAGAAAGAAUGGAAGAGACAAAAGAGACAAUGUCAGAAGUGCUAAGACAUCCUAGGAUAUCUGGAAAGCCUAUAUUGGUGUUGGCAAAUAAACAAGACAAGGAAGGGGCUUUUAGGAGAAGCUGAAUGUGAUCGAAUGUCUGUCUCUGGAAAAAAAUGGUCAAUGAGCACAAGUGCCUGUGUCAAAUAGAACCUUGUUCAGCAGUCUUGGGAUCUGGAAAGAAAAUCGACAAGUCCAUUAGAAAAGGCCUUUAUUGGCUGCUACAUAUCAUUGCAAGAGAUUUUGAUGCCUUAAAUGAACGCAUCCAAAAAGACACAACAGAACAACGUGCUCUUGAGGAACAAGAGAAACGAGAAAGGGCUGAGCGAGUGCGGAAAUUACGAGAAGAAAGAGAACAAAGAGAGCGAGAGCAGGUGGAACUCAAUGGAACCAGUGGUCUGGCUGAGGUGGACCCAGAACCAGUUAUUGUUAAUCCUUUCCAGCCGAUAGCAACUGUGAUCAUUGAGAAUGAAAAAAAGCUUGAAAAAGAGAAAAAGAGGCAAAAUGUGGAGAAAGACUAUGACGAUUGCCCCCAGAAACACAGAAUGGAGCAUGAGCAAGUAGAGACACAGAGCCAGCUCAGUGACAGUAGCCGACAAACCAAUGAGUUUGGGAUAGUAGAAAAUUACAACGAAGCAUUAGCACAGCAGUUGGAGAAUGAAGAUGAGGCAUACCAGCCAUCGUCAGAAUCAGAUAAUAGUAAAAAGAAAACUAAGAAACUAAGAAUAAAAAGGAGUCACCGUGUAGAACCUGUUAAUACAGAUGACUCUGCUCCUAAGAGCCCCACACCACCCCCACCUCCUCCUGUUGGCUGGGGAACCCCCAAAGUCACUAGACUUCCAAAACUUGAGCCUCUUGGUGAAACACGUCAUAAUGAUUUCUAUGGGAAGCCACUGCCUCCCCUGGCUGUGCGACAGAGACCUAACAGUGAUGUUCAAGAUAUGAUCUCAUAACCACGUCCUGUGGAUGAGCUAUCUUAAUAUCAGCAAGAUGAACUGGAGGACCUUCUUUUUCAAAAAAAUAAAAACCAUGAACACUGAUGAAUGGGACAAGAUAACCAUAGCAAUUUCAGUGAGGCGAUUGAUAGCCAAAGAUUUAACUGACCUGGUAAUUACUUUUCCAUGCUGUUCAUGGUAUUAAAAAAAGAAAAAGAAAGAGAGAGAGAAAAGGGGGAAAAAGUGGGGGAAACAAAAGACCAGCAGAUGGGAUGAGCAUUUUGGACCAAGUUAGUAAGAAUUAGCAUUGACUGGUUUAUGCAUCUCCACUCAUGGGUAUAUUCCUGAAGUAAAAUCUUUCAGAAAAAGAGCCGAUGGACUUUGCACACUUUCAUUACUAUAUGUUUAAUAGUCUUAUUUCUAUACCUUAAACAUUUUUUUAUAAGAUACAUGUUCAUGGAAGGGGAACUUUUGGGAAUUUAUAAGCUAAAUUUUUAACUUUUUAUAUUUUUCUAUAACUUUUGUUUCAAAAUUUUAAUUACUGUGAUAUUGACUAUACUUUUCUAUAGUGCUUUGUUUUAAAUUGUGUCUGGAAAAUGGAGUCAAUUUACUGGUUGAAUAUUAACUAUACAAAUGAUAUAUUUAUAUGUUUUGAGGUAUGUUUUAUAAUAGUAUUGUUCUUGAAGUAUACAUCCUAAUUUGACCUAAUUUUAAAAUAAUACUCUUUGAAAAAUAGACUCUAGUUCCUUAUUCUAACAAAGAAUAGAAUUUGAAAGCACCACCCAAGGAGACAGUUCAAUUUUUUUGUUGCUUUCUUUGAUGAUGAGCCUAAUAAAGAAAAGAGUCAGAAAAAUAAAAUAAAAAUGUUAUGUGAGAUACGAUUAAGAGUCCCAAUAUACCCUUCUGUUAGAGGUUAAACCCUUUGAGAGAUUAAAAUACUCCUCACUCCUUUGUCUAUCAGCAGCUGCAGUGAUUCUUAGGUUAUUGUAAUACUUUAGUGCCUUGAAAUUAAAGGCAAAAAGCCUGAAAAGGCUACUGUAGGUCCAGAGACUUGUGCUUAUGACAGGAAAAUGCUGGGAUACUAAAGAAAUAAGAAUAAACAAAUAAUUUCAAAAUAAAUUUUGUGAAGAAAUAAUUCCAAAAUAAUUUCUCAAUUUUAGAAUAGUAGCAUGUUUCUUGCAAAGAACAGUGGCAUCUGUAGGAUCCUCUAUUUGUCUGGCAUUUGGACGAAGUUUAAGAUGUAUAUUAUGAGGAAUAAAUUCAUAAUGUUGCAUUUAAUUUAAAGCAUAUAUUUAUAUCAAAGUGAAAAUACUGUAAAACAGUAUGAUUCCUAUAUCACCUUGUCAAUUUGAUAGUUUGGUAACUUGUACUGACAACAGUCAUAUAGUGGUAUCUGACAAAAACAUAAGUAUGUCUAAGGCAGUUUAGUAUGAUUAUAUACUUUAAUAGUUUUACUUGAGAGCAUAACAUUUUAUUUACAUUUUAAACUCCCUGAACUUUCAUUAACUAGGUCACUUUUUACUCUAGUCAUCAUCAUACGCAGUUUCUUUCUUUUUUUCUUUCAUUUUCUUUUUUUUUUUUUUUUGAGUUUUGUACCUAGCAUUCUACUUCAGAUAUAAAAUUCCUAACCUAAAUUUCAUAGAUGGCUGAUAUGUAAG